GUUUGCCAAACCAAAGCAGUGAAUCGGCACAAUAUAUCGCAGUGGGUUAGUAAACUCUACAAAUACAGUUUAUCCGGAGAGGAUAGUUUUAUAACAAUCAAAGACGUUUCGGUACUCGACUGUCCUGAGGCUGUGUGUGAAAAUGGAGGCGUAUUUAAAGAGCUGUCAGGACGUGUUUAAGGGUCACAUGAACAGCUCUGAGCAGCUCCAUAUUGUGCUGGGGAAUGAGGCAUGUGAUAUCGACUCCAUGGUAUCAGCCCUCACGUUUGCCUAUUUUCUGUCAAAGACCUUUGACUCCGGGAAAGCAGUAGUGCCUGUGCUGAACAUCCCACGAGCAGAAUUUCCCUUGCGCUCUGACAAUACUUUCCUGCUGAGAGAGAGCGGCCUGUCCCAAGACUACCUGCUUUUUAGGGAUGAGGUGGAUUUGCACAGUCUGCAAAAUCUGGCCAUCACGUUAGUGGACCACAACGUUCUGCCCGAGGCUGACAGGUCACUGGAAAAUGCUGUGGUGGAAGUCAUUGAUCAUCACCGUUUAGAAAGAACCCUGUCUCCCUCCUGUCCUGUCACCAUAGAGACCGUGGGCUCCUGUGCCACCCUGGUUACAGAACGCAUUGUCCAGAAGGCACCGGAGCUGCUGGACCAACAGGUGGCACAGCUCCUAUAUGGCACAAUCAUCACUGACUGCGUUAAUAUGGCACCUGAGGCUGGAAAAGUCACACCCAAAGACAGUCAGUAUGUCAUCCUUCUAGAGAGCCGCUUCCCGAAACUCCCUCCUCGGAGCAUCCUCUUUCAGUCUCUACAGAAUGCUAAGUUUGAUGUGUCAGGACUUACCACAGAACAAAUGUUGUUAAAAGACAUGAAGAUUGCAUCAGGAGGAGAGCUGAGACUGGCUGUCAGUGUUAUCUACAUGACACUUGAGGCAUUCCUACAACGAGAGUGCCUACAACAGGAGCUUUGUGAAUUCUGCCAUAAGUAUAAUUACAAUCUGGUUGUGGCCAUGACCAUCUCUUUCAUCGACAAUAAGGAGCCUUUCAGGCAGAUCGCUGUUUACAGCUCCAGCACACGCAACAGGGAUGAGGUAAUCAAAGCACUUGAAAAAGCCAAGAACCCCCAUCUGAAUCUCGGUCCCAUGAGCAGUCCAUAUACAGACAUAAAGGCCUAUAUUCAGGGCAACGCACUGGCCUCACGCAAAAAGGUGUUACCCAUCAUUUCAGACUUCCUUAAAGACAGGGAGAGGAAAAUGGAACAACUGGAGGACCUGGAGCUAGAGGAUGAGUGCGCACAAGAGCAGGGAGACUCUCAGCAAUGCUGCGAGGACAUGGUGAUGGAAGAAGACUCUGGUGUCCCUCCGACACCCAUGAACAGUCUGGUUGAAGGCUGUCCUUUGGACAAUGGUCUUCCCAAAAUCAAUGCAGACAUACUGGUGGAAAAAGUCAGCAGGAUAGUCAGUGAGGAGGAUGAUGAUUGACCAUGAUGGUACACUGGUGUUUUUUUUGUUUUUUUUUGGUUUAAAUUGAACCUCAUAGCCUCUGAAAGUCAGCCGUUGGAGAAAACUGUUUCUUCUUGUUCAAGUAUGCACUGUGUAUACAGUUAUCACAGGGCACGAAACAUGAAACCGCUCUUUCCUGACUGAGGUUCAUUGGAAAAGCACACGUUCCUGGUGUCUUCUAUAUGGUACUUAGUUUCGCUGAGUUGACGUUUAACAGUUGGACAUAAUUAUGAUGGAUAAUUAUUUAUAUUAUACUGUUUCUGUAAUGAUGAUUUUUUUUAUUUGUAUUAUUUUAGUCCAGCUGCUCAUGCCAUGGGUUCUUCAGUACAUUACACUCAGCAGCUUGAAUAAGAAGCAUUUCCUCAGGUCCUUUUGUCGUACAAAUCUAAAUCUGACAAGAGCAUAAAGGUAGGAAGUAGUAAUAGUUUCAUUAUGACUGGCAUUUCAUAAUGUAAAGUGCAUCUAAUUGUCAGUGGUUUUUUAUCUAAAGGCUGCCUACAUGCACAUACAGUACAGUGGUGCUUGAAAGUUUG